AUGUUCGCGAGAGGGAGAUUUCAGCGAGGAAAAUCUCGCCUCAUUGAAAGAGAAGAGAAAAUGAACGAAGAAAAGAUUUUAAACAAGAGUCUUAAGAAGACUAUACCGGAAGAAACCAUUAAAACUCCAGUUAUUGGUGAAUGGAGUUUAAAUCCGAAAGUUGAAGCAAAAGAUCCUCGACUUAUAGAACAUCUUACAGCACAAUCGCAACUUAAACAACCAAGAAUUUCAUAUCCAUCUCAAGCGCAGACGCCUGAAACGUAUCAGCCUUCACAAAGAGAGAAAGAAAAGCGUAAUUUAGUAUCAUCAAUGAGUUUAAGAUCAACACAUACAUUUAAAAUACAAACACCAAAUAUGAAUUCGCCUGCAAAAGUCAUGCCAGAACCAAAAAUUGAUUUUCCUGAAGGAAAAACAACUACAAAUUUGCAAGAAAUUCUUCGAUCUAAGUUUGUCUCGCCGGCAGAACCACUUCCUCCUUUACAAGAUCCAGAUUCAAUAACUGAUACCAAAUUUUUGCCUCUUGAAUACUUCGAUGAUUUAUCAUGUGCACAAUUUGAUAUACCUGAAUUAAUGAAAGAUCCUCGAGCUGUAUCGAAAUUUACUGAUUUCAAUGGACAAACUAAAUGGUUACCUUGCAAAGUUAUAGAUUUUAAUGAAGAAACUCAAUUAUUUACAAUACAAUGGGAACCAAAAGAAAAAGGAAAGGUUAAGGAAAAGAAAGUUCCUCGUUUUAACAUCAGAUUCCUUCGUGAAGAUCCUGAUAAAUUUGAAGAACGUGUAAAAGUCGCUAGACACGCUUGUACAAUUUACGAAGCAACUAUUAGGUUUAAUACUCGUGUUUCUUUAAUGCCAACGAAAGAAUUACCAGAUUUACCGCAAAAUGCAGUUGAUGGAAUUCUUAAACGUCUAUCAACGGAUAUUCAAGACAAAGGAAAUUCAAUUAUCGAAGAACAGAUCAAACCUGACUUUAAACUGUUAAAUAACAAGCUUAAUUUUAUUAAUGAAAUUAAUCAUAAUCCUUUAGUUCCAAAUCGUGAAGAAUUCAUGUUACUUGAAGAAGAACCACCAAAAGUACCAGAAUCUGGUCUCGUUACAACAAUUUCAUCGUUUGCAAAGGCACAACAGUAUAUCAAAGAUAAUUUAUUAUAUGGUGAUGCAGUUAUAAUGAACGGAUUGUUCUCUAUAUGGGAUAUAUUCCAAGUUUCACGUUCAAGAAGCCUUAUUCUCGAUAAUUUCAACAAAGUAUUAGCAUUAGAAGAUUUUAUUACUCGCCAAUAUACAUUUCUUGGCUCCCAGUCAGUUGAAAUUCGUACAGCAAUAGAGAAACGCCUGAAAGACGUCUUCGCAAAGAUAGAAAAACCAUUAGAUCAGAAAAGUGUCGAUGAAAAAUCAAAAGACGAUAAAAAUAAAGAAGAAAAACCAAAAAUUGACAAACAAGAGAUCAAUCGACGCAAUUCUCUUAUGGUUGGUGUAACUCAGCGCAUGAUGCACACCAUGUUAUUAGAUAUAACAUCGAAUACAUUAACGAGAUAUCUUGAAUUAUUUAAACCAAAAGAUGUAACAGAUAGAGAUUACCAUGCUUUGUUCUUUAUUGAUUUAUAUUAUGCUCCUGACAACAAACUAGAGUUCAUGCCAACACCGGAAACAUUCCAAGACCAAGUAAUGUCAUUACUAGCUCAAGUUGAAACAACAAUUACCGAAUUACCUUUAUUUACAUCGAUGAAAGGCGAACCAUUAAAGAUCAAAUUCAUUGAUUGUUUGGACAGUAUCGCUGAAGCCAAAUCAUCAUUGAUUGAAAUGUUGAAAGGUUUGUUUUCUCAGUUAAAUGAGUUUAUUAACAGUUACAGAUAUCUUGAGAAGUAUUUAUCAUUAGAUCCCGAUGAUUACGCAUAUGAUUUCGAUCCAUCACAUACGAGAACACUUGAAGAAUACAAAGUACAUCUUGAUGAUUUCAAAGACAGAAUUGCUGAUCUUAAAAAGAAAAUGAAACCAUAUUAUAAUGCUGGAAUUUUCAGAGUAAUGACUGCUUCUUUCAAACAAAUGACAAUUAAUCAUUUGGAGAAUCUCCAGAAGUCUUAUUUGUCUUUGAUUAACAAGUACAUGAUACAAACUGUUAAUUCAUUAAACAACGAGUUUACAUCAAUCAAAGUUGAACUCCAAAAAUCUCCAAAUACUCCUGAAGAACUCGCAGAACUAAGAAAAUAUUUGAACACAGUUAUUGAAAAUAAAAAGACAAGACAAUAUAAAAUUGAAAGGAUAAAGAAUGAAUUCCAAUUCUUGGAAGACUACAGAUUUGAAACAAGUGAUUCUGAUUUCCAUUACAUUUAUAAAGCUUAUAAUAUGCCUGUUGUAACUAACCAAAGAAUUGAUGAAACAGAGAAAAUGAUAACAGAAGCAAGAAUUAAGAUGAUUAAAGAAUUGAAGAAUAACCAGAAACAGCUUGAAAACGAUGCAUUGGCAAUAUCAGAAACAUUAACAACAUUCAUUGCUAAAUACAAUGAUUUAGAAUAUACAUCAGAAGCUGUUGAAAAGAUCAAUGCAAUUUCAUUCCAAUUGAAACAUCUCCAGGAAUUGCAACAAACUUACAACAAACAUGAAAAACUAUUCGAAUUCGAACCAAAUGCUUGCAGAAUAUUAAUCAAGUUAGGUGACGAAUUCACACCAUUGCAUCAGCUAUGGAAUAUUGCUAAUGACUGGGUCAUGAACUAUCAAAGUUGGUUGGAUACUCCUUUCCAUCAAAUAAGAGCCGACCAAAUAACUUUGUUUGUUAAUCACGCGUCAAAACAAUUGUCAAAACUAAAGAAAGAAUUGACAAAUCAACCUGUCUUAUUGACAAGAGUUGUUGCUCCUUUGAUACAGCAAAUAGAAGGCUUCAAGAAGAGAUUACCAUUAAUCACAAAACUCAGACACCAAGGCAUCAAAAGACAGCAUUGGGACAAGAUUUCGCAAAUUACUGGUUUCGAAGUCAAACCAACUGUCGAAACAUCGUUGAGUACUUUCUUGCAGUACAAGUUGGAAGAAUGGGAUGCACAGAUAUCAGAUAUUGCUAAUGUUGCUGCCCAAGAAUACAACAUCGAAGCAGCUCUUGAUAAAAUGGAUGCUGAACUUAGAACAACACAAUUUGUUACUGUUCAAUUCAGAAAUUCUGGUCAUUUCAUUUUACAACAAGUUGAUGAUUUGUUGAUGUUGAUUGAUGACCAAUUAGUUGCUACGCAAUCAAUGCUUGCAAGUCCUUUCAUAACACAAGUUAAAGAUCAAGCGAAUGAAAGAAUUGCUUUCUUGAGAAAAUCUCGUGCAAUGAUUGAAGCAUGGAUGAAAUGCCAAACAGCAUGGUUAUAUCUACAACCAAUCUUUGCAGGAACAUCUAUAGGACAGAAACUAAAAACAGAGGCAAGUUAUUGGGCAAUAUGCAACACAAUUUGGUCUAAAAUCAUGACAAUGGCUCAUAACCAUCCAAACUUUUACACAAUAAUGCAAAGAGAUGAAUUAAUGGAACAACUCGUCGAAUGCUCAACAAAACUCGAAAAGGUUGUUUUAGGAUUGACACAAUUCUUAGAGCAAAAGCGAGUUGCAUUUCCAAGAUUCUUCUUCAUAUCAAACGAUGAAUUGGUUUACAUUUUGUCACAUACAGCUGAAUUCGACAAAAUCCAGGAUUCCAUGCCAAAAAUCUUCGAAUAUGUUCAUGGAUUUAAGAGAACGAAUGAAAACGCAAUCUUAGAAAUCAAUGAUUCUACAGGUGAAUCACUUAAACUCGUUCAACAAGUUGAUACAAUGAACAAAGAAAUCGAAGAUUGGCUCAAUUAUCUUGAUGAUGAAAUCCAUGUAACACUCAAAGAUCAAAUGAAGGCAGCAAUUUCCAAUUAUUCAAAGAAACCAAGAGAACAGUGGAUCUUGGAUUAUCCUGCACAAGUUAUUAUGGUUGUCAACCAGAUCUUGUUCACACAAUCAAUAACCAAUGCACUUAAACAACACAGAUUUAAAGGUUUGAAUUUAGUUCUUCCAAAAUUCAAAGAAAACUUCCAAACUUUGUCAAAAUUUGUAAAAGAAGAACAUACACCACAAGAACGCAUUUUAUUGAGUUCAAUACUUACAUCAGAAGUACAUAACAGAGAUAAACUUGAAGAACUUAUUGAUAAUGAAAUCAAUGAUGUCGAUGCAUUCCUUUGGAUCCAACAAUUGAGAUAUUAUUCAGAAGAUGACUUGAUCAUUGUUAAAUCAUUGAAUAACUCAUUUGAAUACACUUAUGAAUACGUUGGCAAUUCACCACGAUUAGUAUUAACUCCUUUAACAGAUAGAUGUUACCAAACAAUGCUUUCUGCAAUGAAAAUGUUCUUGGGAGCUUCUCCAAUUGGUCCUGCAGGUACAGGAAAAACAGAGACAAUCAGAAACCUUGCGAAAGCACUUGGAAGACCAUGCAUUGUCUAUAACUGUUCAGAAGAAGUUGGUCCUGAAAUCAUGUCACAGUUCUUGGCAGGAAUUAGUGGGUCAGGUGCUUGGGCAUGUUUCGAUGAAUUCAACAGAAUUAACAUUGAAGUUUUGUCAAUUAUUGGUCAACAAAUCAAGACAAUACAAAACGCAAUGGCAGCUGUUGAUGACACAUUCCUGUUAGAUACAAGAGAAAUAACAAUCAACAGGAACUUGGGUAUAACAAUCACAUUAAAUCCAGGUUAUGCAGGUCGUUCUCAACUCCCUGACAACAUUAAAUUGUUGUUUAGAACAAUUGUUAUGAUUGAACCUGAUUAUCAACACAUUUCGGAGAUUAUUUUGCUUUCUGGAGGCUUUGAUGCAGCUAACAAGAUUUCCAAGGAAGUAACAGCUGUUUUCAAACUCGGAAAGCUUAUGUUGAACAAAUCAAAUCAAUAUGAUUGGGGAUUGAGACAAAUGAAGGCAAUUUUAACAACAGGAAUCAACGAAUUGCACAAGAAAGGAGCAGAAACAGAAGAAGAUAAAGAAACAAUCAUUUUAAGAGCUAUCAAAGAUUGCACAUUACCAAGAUUACUUGCUGAUGAUACCCCUAUCUUUAACAAUAUUUUAAGAGAUGUUUUCCCGAACAUUAAGGAUGAAUCAACAGCUCCUGAAGAUUUCAUCAAGAAAGUUGAAGGCGCAAUGGAAAAGAUGAAUCUUUCAAAGAACGAGAAACUCAUCAACAAGAUCUACGAGUUGUAUUACAUAUUACAAGUAAGACAUGGCUUGAUCUUAGUUGGUGGAACAUUGAGUGGAAAAUCAACCUCAUGGAAAGUUCUUCAAAAAGCUUUCGAAGAUGAUCCAAAUCCAAUUUUAAUUGAUUGUUUGAAUCCGAAAUCAGUUUCUAUUACAGAGAUGUAUGGUUUAUACAAUCCAGCAACCUCAGAAUGGAAGGAUGGUAUUGUAUCUAGAUUAUUGAGAAACUGCUGGUUUGCUGAAAGAAAACAGCCUCAUUUAAUCAUCGCUGAUGGUCCAAUUGAUGCUGUUUGGAUUGAAUCAAUGAAUACUUUGUUGGAUGAUAACAAAUUAUUGUGUCUUCCAAACAACGAAAGAAUUCCUUUGGAUUCAAAAACAAAGAUGUUGUUUGAAGUUGAUAAUUUGAUCAAUGCAACACCAGCAACUGUUUCUCGUUGUGGUUUGAUUUAUUUCGAUCAAGUCUCCAUCAAAUGGCAAGAUUUAAUUGAUGGAUGGUGCAACAAACACGACCAGUUUCCAGAUGUUAUCAAAAUAAUCAAAUCACAAGCAGAAAUUUACAUGAAUUCCUAUGUCCAAUUCAUAUCAACUGAUGUGAAAACAGUUAUUAGAAUCACUCCUAACAUUGCUGUUUCGAACUUUUUGAAGUUACUCGAUUGCUUCAUGCCAUUGUUAUCUAAACCAGCGAAAGAUGAUAUGGAUGAUGACGAUUUACCAUCAGGAAACAGAGAUAGAAUUGAUUCUAACAUUUAUUAUUCACAUUUUACAAUGUCAACAAGUGAAAGAAUUCCUUACAUAGAAGUUGACAACAGAGAAAUCAUCUUUGAGAGAAUAUUCCAGUUCUGCAUGACAUGGGCUUUCGGAAGUUUCUUGGAUGAAGAUGGAAGAAAUGCUUUCGAUCAUUUCGUCAGAAACAUUGCCGAAACAAACAAUUCAAGAUGUAUUUAUCCACAACGUGGAUCUGUCUUUGAUUAUUUCGCUGAUCUCACGAAAUAUUCAUGGAUUCCAUGGUUGGAUAAUGUCACAAACAUGAACUUUACUGACCAAGAAAACUUAGAUCACCAAGUUGUUCCAACAAACGAAAUUGCAUCAACAUUUUUCCUUUCGAGGUUACUUGUUGCGAACUACAAAAACACUUUGAUACAAGGCCCAGAAUCAGGCAAAUCUCUGAUAAUGAAUACACUUCAAACAAAGUUCUUCAACAAACAACCUUAUAUCACAGGUAAAUUCGAUUGUUCUGCCAUAACAACUCCGAAGAUGUUUAUGGAUUUCACAUCACAAUACAUGCAUAAACAACAAGGAAUUUAUGGUCCUUUACCUGGCGAUAAACUUGUUUUCUUCAUUGAUAAUUUGGCAUCAAUAGAACCUGAUGGAUUCUUGACACAACCUGCCAUUGAACUCAUGAGAGAACUUGUGACUUAUGGAGGUUGGCAUUACACAUCAGAGUUCAGUGAAUUAAUUGGUUACACUUUGUUAAUUUCCACACAAAUGAAAGGCAGUGGAAGAUAUGCAAUUUCACCAAGAUUUAUUCGCAAUUUCUUCUACAUUUACCAGCCGAAAUAUACCAAACCAACAAUCCAAUCAAUUGUUUUGACAAUGUAUCAGAAGAACUUGUCCAAAUUCAUUCAAUCAGUUCACGACAUCACAAAGAAUGUUGUUGCAUGUGUUACAGAAAUUGUUGAUCAAUGCCAUGAUCAAAUGCUUCCUAUUCCUUCCAAACCACAUUAUAACUUCAAUCUGAGAACAAUCAUGAGAAUCCUCAAAGGAAUAUUACUCGUUGGAACAAUGAAUAUCAAGAAUGAUGUUGAUUUCAUCAGAUUAUUCUAUCAUGAAAUGUAUAGAGAAAUCUAUGAUAGAUUGAAUACAACAGAUGAUAGAGAAUGGUUCAAUAAAAACGUUGUUGAAUCAUGCUUGAAACACUUCAAGAUCCAAUACAGUGCUAUCAAUGGCCAGAACUUCUUGAUGUUCAACAAUUUCUCAGAUGCGACACAAAUUUACAAAGAAGUCAAACAGAAACCAGACCAAGUCUUGGCUUAUUGUGCUUCGAUGUUGGAAGAACACAACAGAUCAGCAAGCCAACAAUUAAACAUGACUUUGUUCCACGAAGCUGUUGAACACAUUUCAGCUUUAUCAAGAGCAACAACUUUAGUAAGAGGACAUUGUUUACUUGUUGGAAUGAAAGGAUCUUGGAGAAGAUCAUUAACAAAAUUAAUGCUUCAUAUUGAAAAUAUCGACCAAUUCUCUAUUUCAGUUACAAAAGGAUAUGGACUUAGUGAAUGGCACGAAGACAUGAAGAGAUUGAUCAAGAAAUGUUGUACACACGAUGAAGUUACAGGAUUCAUUAUAACAGAUGCACAAAUACUGAUGAGAGAACAAUUAGAAGACUUAGAAAAUCUGAUGUUAUAUGGAGAAAUUCCUCGUCUUUACGAACGUGAUGAAUUCGAGAUAUUAAAGAGUGAAAUUGCUGCAACAGAAGUUGCUGUUGAUUGUGAUUAUCAUGAAUUAAUGAGAAGAAGAGUUUGCAACAACUUACAUAUCUUUUUGAUUGUUUCUCCAUUUGGAAAAGUCUUCCAUGACAUCAUGUUGUCUUUCCAAGUAAUAAGAAAUGAAUGCAUUGUUGAUUGGAUCAUUCCAUGGUCUGAUUCAGCUCUUGAAACAAUUGCACAAGAUUCUUUGGGAUCUAACUCUGUUGGUUCUCCUGAUGUUGUUCAUUCUGUUGUUUCUACUUGUGUCGAAAUCCAUAAAUGUGUUGAACAAGAAGCAAGAAACUUCAUUGAAGAAACAGGACAAGUUGUUUCUAUUACUCCCUCUUUGUACUUCUUCUUGUUGAAGAUUUUCCAUAAGAAACUCAAAAUCAAACAAAGAGAAAAUGCUGAGAAAGCAAGAGAUUACGAAAAUGGUGUCUCCAAGAUCAAAUUAACUGGACAAAUGAUUGGUGAAAUGACAGAAAAACACGACCACGACAUUCCUGAAUUAGAUAGAAUGAGUAAAGACAUGGAAAAGCUCGUCCAAGAAUUAACAAUUUCAAAGGAUGAAGCUGAGAAGAGCCGAGAAGUUGUCAAACAACAAAGUUUAGUUGCAGAAAAGAAUGCUUCCGAAGCAAACAAAGCAAACAAAAUUGCUCAGGAACAACUCAAACUUGCACAACCUUUGUUAUCUGAUGCACAAGCUGCUGUCAUGAAACUCGACAAAGAUUCUUUGGUUUCUAUCAAGAAAUUACAUGCUCCUUCAACAGGAAUGAGAGAUACAUUUGAUGCAAUUUGUAUCAUGUUCAACAGAAAUCCAAAAAAGGUUGAUAACCCGUCAACAGGAUUACGUGAAGAUGACUAUUGGCCAGAGACAAUUGCUUUGCUUAAUGAUGUUCAAUUUGUUAAAAACGUAACUAAUUUCAAGGUGGAAAGAUUGACUCAAGACCAAAUAAACAAAUUGAAGAAAUAUGUUCCUAAAGAGAAACCGGCGAGAAUGGAGAAACUUCGAGCAGCAAAUGCAUCUUUCCAAGCUGUUGCUGCUUUGUAUGAAUGGGUUUGUGCUUCAUUUGAUUACUGGCAUGUUUACCAAGAAAUUUUACCAAAACAAAAGAUGGCUGAAGAAGCAGAAAGAUUGUUACAAGAAACUAACGCACAAUUAACAGAAAGCAGAGAUCAUUUGGAAGAAAUCGAAGCCCACUUGAAGGAUAUGCAGACGAAAUUAUCUGAUACUCAAUUGCAAGAGAAAGAACUUACAAAUACUGUUAAAGAUACAGAAGCAAGACUUGCAAGAGCAAGAAAAUUAGUUUCAGGACUUACAAAUGAAAGUACAAGAUGGGAUGAGAAAGCAACUAAACUUAGAAAUGGCGCUAAAUUCAUUUUAGGUGAUACAAUAUUGAUUUCAGCCAUUUUGGUUUAUCUUGGAGCUUUCUCUCCUUCCUACAGAGCGAAAUUAGUCCAGAAAUGGAAAGAAUUUUUGUCUAAACACGCUAUCAAAUACUCAGAAGACUUCUCUAUUGUUGAUGCACUUGGAACAGACAUAACAAUAAGAGAUUGGAUUAUUAAAGGACUUCCUAAUGACCAGCAAUCAAUUGAAAACGCAUUGAUCAUCACAGAAAAUGAUGUUUCAAUUCCUCUUUUGAUUGAUCCACAGAAUUCAGGUUUGAAAUGGUUGCGUGAAAACUACAGAGAAAACUUGAGAGUUUUGAGAGUUGACCAGCCAGAUUUCAUGCAAUCUCUUUGCGCCGCUGUUUCUCAAGGACAACAAGUAAUCAUUGAAAAUGUUGCUACAGAAUUGGAUCCUUCAAUUGCUCCUAUUCUCAACAGAGAAAUCGCAACUGUUGACAACAAGAAACAGAUUGUUCUGGGUGGAGAUAUAAUCUCAUACAAUACAAACUUCAGAUUGUAUUUGACGACACAAAAUCCAUCACCACAAUUCUCUCCAGAAGUUUGUUCAACUUGUUUGUUGAUUAACUUCAGAGCGACAAGAGACGGAUUGACUGAUUUGCUCUUGAACACAAUGAUUGAAGUUGAGAAAUCGGAUUUGGAUAAGAAGAGAAUCCAACUCAUGGAAUCAAAUGCAGAAAACAUCGCAAAACUCAAUGAAACCGAACUUGAAAUUCUCAAAAUUGUUUCAGAUUCAGAAGGAAAAGAUAUUUUGGCAGAUGAUUCUGCGAUAGAAACACUAAGUGUUGCAAAGAAGACAGCACAGAAUAUUACCUUGCAGAUAUCAGCAUCAGAAAAGACAGAACAACAAAUUUCUCAGUUCAAGAAACACUAUUUGCCUGUUGUUGAAAGAGCAACAAUAUUGUAUUUCUGUGCAGCAGAUUUCUGCAAGAUUGAUCCAAUGUAUCAAUUCUCUCUUAAGUGGUUCGAUAAGACAUUUAGAGAUGCUCUUUCCAAAGCAAACCAUCCAAGUGAUCAUCUCCAACAAAUACAUGCUUUCACAAGAGCAAUUCAAAGAACUGUUUUCACAAGAAUUUCUUUGAGUUUGUUCAACAGACACAAACUUUUGUAUUCAACUUUGGCAGCAAUAAGAGUUCUAGAAGCAGACAACAAGAUAACUCCUGAAGAGAUCUCUGCUUUGCUUGCUUUGGCUCCUGUCAUUGAGAAAUCCCCAAUCAAAUGGAUGACAGAUGAUAGAUGGGGAUAUUUGAGAGCUCUUGAAAACGUAAACCAAGCAUUUAAAGGAAUAAUUGGCUCAAUCAGAGCAAACGAGUUCGCAUGGGAGAGGUACUGCAACUUGCCACAACCAGAAAAGGAACAAUUCCCAACUAAAGAACAAUUAACUCCUUUCCAGAGAACAAUUCUGUUGAAAUACCUUAGAUUGGACAGAACACAAGCAGUUUUGACAAAAUUCGUUACAGAUGUUCUCGGAUUAGAGAUAUCCAGUGUUCCUAUUUCAUCAAUGCAGUCUAUCCUCAAAGACGCUAAUUCUCAAGAACCAAUUAUCUUCGUCGCAUCUCCAGGAACUGAUCCAACAGAAGAUAUCCAAAAUGCUUUGGAAGCAAUGGAUUCAACGAGAUAUCUCAAGUAUUACUCACUCGGAAGAGGUCGUGGACCAGCUGCUGAAGCUUUGAUACAGAAGUGUGCAUUAGAAGGAUACAUUCUGUUGUUGCAGAACUGUCAUUUGUCAUUGAGUUGGAUGCCAAGAGUUGAAUUCGUUCUUUCAACAAUACAAAAGAAGAAUUUGCAUCCAAACUUCAGAUUACUUUGCGUUACUUCAAGUGUUCCUAAUUUCCCAAUUGGUUUAUUGUUCAUGUCACAGAAAGUCAUCUACGAAACAGCUUCAGGAUUCAAGAACAACAUGCUUAGAUUGUUCAACUCUCUGAAUGAGGCUGAAUACACAACAAGUGGAGAUCAUACUGUUGCAAAACAAUUAUUAUUCCAUCUUUGUUUCUUCCAUUCAGUUGUAGUUGAAAGACUACAAUUCGGAUCUCUUGGUUGGAAUAAUCCUUAUAGUUUCUCUUUCUCUGAUUUCGCAAUUUCCAAGCAUCAGUUACAAACAUUGAUGUCGGAGACAAGAACAGCUACUUUGCCUUUGGAACAUUUCGUUUUCUUGUUGAGCGAAAUGAACUACGGAGGCUCUGUAACAGAUGAAUGGGAUAGAAGAACACUUGAUUGCCUUGCAAACAAGUAUUUCAAUGAAGGAAUAACUGCAACAAAUUACCAGCUCUGCGAACAAUUGAAGAUUCCUCCUUUCACAUCAAGUUUGAAGCAAACAAUUGCUGCAAUUACAGAUUGGAAGGAUGAAGCAGAUGGACCGCUUGUUGGACUUAGUAACAAUGCAGUUCAAGUCACAAAAAAGAGAAGAGCGACGAAGCUUUUCAACAAUCUUCUUGAACUUCAACCUGUAACAACAGCAAUUAAUGUUGUUAAACAAAAUGAUUCAAGAUUGCAGAGAAUCACUGAAAUCUCUUCACAGAUUCCUCCAUUGUUCAACGAAACAGCUGUAAAGAAGAGAAUAGAAGCAGAAGAUCAAACAAUUGAAGCUGUUAUUUCUCAUGAAGUCUCAAAGUUCACAAUUUUGAUCGAAACAAUCAACAGAAAUCUUUCAAUUCUCAAAGAUGCAUUGAACGGAACAAUUCUUUUGGAUGAUGCUUAUGAAGUAAUUCUCAAGAGUAUCUUACUUAACAGAGUUCCAGAGAGAUGGCUGAAUGUUUCAUUCCCAAGUAUCUCGAACUUAAAUGAUUACAUCAAUGAUUUAAGAAACAGAGUUUUCUUCAUUGAUAACUGGAUAAGAAAUGGAAGUCCAUUGGUUUACAAGAUUGGAGCUUUCUUCAGACCGGAAGAGUUCCUCAUGGCUUUGCUCCAGAAGUAUGCACAUACUCACAAUGUUCCAUUGCAAUCACUUGGCUGGAUGACAACUCCUUUGGACAUUGCACAACAACAAAGAAUGACAGAUCCACCCGAAGAAGGAAUUUACAUCGAUGGAAUCUUCAUCGAAGGAGCUCGUUGGGAUUUCGCAAAAGACCAGCUUGCAGAGUGUGGAACUGCUGAUAAGAAGAACAGUUUACCUGUUAUCCACAUUAAACCUGCACAGCUUCCAUUACCUUAUAAAAUGGAAGUUACUUACGAAUGCCCUGUUUUCAGGACACAACAACGCGGAAGCCAGUCAAUCGACAGCCCAGGAUACGUUUUCUCACUAUUCCUUGCUACAAAGGCAAGACCAGAGCAUUGGAUAGAAGGAUCUGUAUCUGGCUUCCUUAACUCCAAAUAA